CGCCCCCGCCGGGCUCGGGGUUUCCUGUCCUCGCGGCUCAGGUGCGGUGCUGCGCCAGGAAGCCACCCGCUCUGGUCCGCCGGUGCGCGGGGCUGUUGCGCCAUCCGCUGGGGCUUUCGUAACAGCACCCUGGGACGGCCUAAAGACACUCCAGCGCGAGUUCCUCAAAUGUUUUCCUGCGCUGCCAGGACUGUCCGCUGCUCUGAGUCAUGUGCAAGUGGGAAGUCGCACUGACACCGAGCCCGGCCAGAGGGAGCCGAGCCGAGCGCGGCGCGGGACUCCGGGACUCGCCGUGCGUGCAGAGCGCGGCCCCCCCGGGGAUGGGGGCUGCCCUCGGGGCCUGAGCCCGCCCGCCGCCCCGCCCCGCCCCGGCCGCUCGGUCCCGACCCGCCCGCCCGCCUCUCUGGGACCAUGGGGCAUUAGCGGAGGAGGAAGCAUGCUGGCCGUCCGCUGCGCGCUGCUGACCGCCCUGCUUGCCGCGCCGGGGGCGGCACUGGCCCAAGGGGGCUGCCCUGCGCUGGAGGUGGCGAGCAAUGUGCUGACCCAUCCGCCUGGGGCCAGUGUUGUCCUGACCUGCCCAGGCGGGGAACCAGGAGACAAUGCCACCUUCCACUGGGUGCUCAGGAAUCGGGUCGUAGGGGUCUCAGGCUCACAGCACAACAGGUGGACUGGCGUGGGAAGGAGGCUGCUUCUGAGUUCACUGCAGCUCAACGACUCUGGAAACUAUUCGUGCUACCAGGAGGGCCGCCUAGUGGGAACUGUGUGUCUGCUGGUGGAUGCUCCUCCCGAGGAGCCCCAGCUCUCCUGCUCCCGGAAGAGCCCCCUCAGCAAUGUUGGCUGUGAGUGGAGUCCUCGGAGGCCCCCCUCCCCGACGACCAAGGCCGUGUUACUGGUGAGGAAGUUUGCAGAAACUGAGAGCGAGCCCUGCCCUUGUUUUGUGUCCGACAGUCAGAACAGUCCAGUGGAAAACUUCCAGGAGCCGUGCCCGUAUUCCCAGGAGUCCGGGAAGUUCUCUUGCCAGUUGGCAGUCCCAGAGGGAGACAACUCGUUCUACAUAGUGUCCCUGUGUGUCGCCAACAGUGCCGGGAGCGAGUCCAGCAGACCCCAAACAUUCGAGGGUUAUGCAAUCUUGCAGCCGGACCCACCUGUCAACAUCACAGUCACCGCUGUGGACAGAAACCCCCGCUGGCUCAGUGUCACCUGGCAAGACCCCCCUUCCUGGAACUCAUAUUUCUACAGGCUACAUUUUGAGCUCCGAUACCGGGCUGAACGGUCAAAGACAUUCACAACAUGGAUGGUCAAGGAGCUCCAGCAUCACUGCAUCAUCCACGACGCCUGGAGCGGCAUGAGGCACGUGGUGCAGCUCCGGGCCCAGGAGGAGUUUGGGCACGGCUUGUGGAGCGAGUGGAGCCAGGAGGUCAUGGGCACGCCCUGGACAGAACCCAGGACUUCUGGAGCUGAGACUGAGGUGUCCCCCUCCACACAGGCAUCUACUACUAAUGAAGACAAUGAAAAUACUCCAUUUAAAGAUUCUGCAAAUGCAACAAGCCUGCCAGUGCAAGAUUCUUCUUUGGCAUCACUGCCCACAUUCCUGGUGGCUGGAGGAAGCCUGGCCUUCGGAACGCUCCUCUGCAUUGGCAUUGUCCUGAGGUUCAAGAGGACAUGGAAGCUGCAGGCUCUGAAAGAAGGCAAGACGAGCAUGCACCCGCCGUAUUCUUUGGGACAGCUGGUCUCCGAGAGGCCCAAGCCCACCCCAGUCCUUGUUCCCCUCAUCUCCCCACCAGUGUCCCCCAGCAGCCCUGAGUCUGACGACACCUCCAGGCAUAGCCAACCGGAUGCCAGGGGCCCACAGAGUCCUUAUGACAUCAGCAAUAGAGACUACUUCUUCCCCAGAUAGCUGGCUGGGUGGCACCUGGCAGGUUGGGGUGUCAGACCUGCUGAAUUGUGUGGAUGACGAA